AUGUCGCACGGUUUAAGCAAUAACAUCACUUUAGAUAAGCUUGACGCCGAAAAAGAUCAAGGGAGAAAUCAAAAUGGCUGUGAUAAUGGAGAUGAGUCUCCUGAUUUGAGGCCUAUUUCUUUCAGCUACGCUGCGAGAAAUUCAAUAGUUUGGAAUGAAUUUGAGGUGUUGCAAAUACUUCGAAAAGGAGGGUUUGCUUCAGUACGUAAUAAAUUGGACGGCUGUCUCUAUGCGAUCAAAAGAAUUCCUUUGAAUCCGAAAAGUGUUCUGUUAAAUCGCAAAAUUACUCGAGAAGAGAAGUUGCUUUCCAGAUUGAGUCAUGAAAAUAUUGUAAGAUAUUAUUUGUGGAUUGAGGUGGAAGAAAUACUUGAAAAUGAAACUUGCAACAGUGAAACAAAAUCAAGUAUGACAGAGGAGAAACAAAGAAGCCAGGUUGAAGAUAGCUUGAUGAAAUUGAACGUCGUUAAAGCACCUAGCGUACGCUCGAGUGUUUUCGAUGAUUACUCGUGGACCAAUAAAAACACGAAUGAUUCCAAGCAUGUUGACGACGAUAAAAGCUCAAGCUCUAGCGAAAACGAGGACGAGGAAUCUGAUUUCGAAAUUGAAGAGGAAGCAAUCACCACAUGUUAUUUGCAAGAAGAUUCAAAGUUUACUCUACAAAGUUUGUACAUACAAAUAGAGUAUUGUGAGGAGAGUACUCUAAGGAAUGUCAUUGACGAGGGAUUGUAA